CAGCUGCAAGCAAACUUUAUUAAAUCUUGGAGUGGAUCUUUCCUGUCAGCCCGUCACAGACGUCAGCGGUGUUUGCUACAGCUCUGGAGGCAGUCUGCUGAAGGUAAGGACCUCCACAGCCGAAACCAGCUGUGUUUAACUAGCAGGUUAGUUUUUAUUAGUUGUUGCGUGGGUAACGUUAUACCGAUGUAAGAUUUGUGGACUUUAAUUGUUCAGCUAAGCUAGUUUUUCUUGGUCUGUGUCCGCUGUCGAAGCACAGACUUAAACUGUUUAAACCUUUAAUAUCUCACGUGGCGUUAAUUAAUUAGUUUGUCAACGAGUUUAGUUUUAGUUGUAGCUGAUGUAGCGGAUUUACGGCGAACGCCAUUGACAGCUGGUUAGCUUUAAAGUGACAUGGAAACGAUAUAACGUAAGUUAGACUUCACUGGUCGAUUAGGCAAUAGGGAAGUGGCUUAGUAAAACGCGUUUUAAACAAUAUAAUUAAUACUUUACAUGUUUUGGUUCCUAGGGACAUUUACGGUAAUGAUAUUUGGCACUGAUCAUAUCUGCUGCCCGUAAAAGGUCCGUUUAUUGAGCGAGGAGCGAGGCUCAAGCUGUCGCUGGCAGAGACACAUACCGAUGGACAUCCUGCAGCAGUGUGAUGUUUACGGGAGCUCUGGAUUUCCUGUGAUCAGCUAAAUGUGUUUACUUAAUGAUACGAUACGAUACUUGUUCCACCGCAGUUCUCUGGCCGUUUGAUAACACGUGAACGCCACCUUGUGUUUAGACCCACAGCGGCCCGUUAGUCCUGCUUCUGUGAAUCGGGAGUGACCGACGUUCAUACACACUGAUCUGUCCAUCAAAAACUGAACUUUAAUAAUGAUUUUCUUUAAGUCCAACAUCUAGUAUAUGCAGGUGGUAAUUUUACAACCGCACCAUGCUGCCCGGAGAUAAACAGAAAGGUAUGGCUCCAUUCUGUCUAUGCUUGAACCAGUGGAAGGGUCUGGACACAUUUAUAUUACGUUAUAAUUUGUAUUAUGUUGAUGUUUGCCGUUGUUUUUUUUUUUUUAGUCUUGGAUAUCGCUUAACAACAAGCAGCAGCCAACUACACCCUGUUAAUUUAAAGUCAUUAGUAGAUGCUUGUUGGGUUUUUUCAGAAUAAUAACUUAUACAUACACACAUUCACCCCUCUAUUUCUAGGACCUUCCAGCAAAAGUCAGCUGUUUGAGUCUCUGAGGGUUUAUCUGGACAAGAAGGACAGAUUGCAACCCAUUAUUGGUCUGGGUAGUGUUAUAGAAUGUGUGAAGGCAGGUGCACAAGCACUGUACUUGUGUGAGGUGUGUAUAUGUCGACUUAGUAAAUCUGACAUGCGGAACCACAUUAUGGGAAGUCUGCACAGAUACAACUACAUUAAUAGCUGGUACCCUCACUUAAUGUCUGGGUGGAAGGAGAGCUCUGACCUUUCUAAACUGGCCAGGCCACUGAUGGACAUGGCCAAGAUUCUGGAGGGACAGGAGGGACCUGGAGAUGUUCAGCUGAUAGAAGUUGAAGAUGACGUGUACCAGAAGAUAUCAACACAUGGUGAAAAUGACGCAAUAACUCUGAUAAGUUCCUUAAGAGCUGAACCUGAGAGUAGUCCAGAGACUUCCUCCAGCCAAUCCCAAAGGAUAGUGCUGCUCGCCAAGCGCCCACAGAGACAACCUGGAAAAGCCUUCAAGCCUCUCAGGAGCUUAUACAAGACGAAAUAUCAGGUGUUGUUCGAAAAGUCCAGCCUUUCUGGAAGGAACAGCUGCUUUUUUGAAGGCUACACAGGAACCAAGCCUCUUAUUGGUCUUUGCUGUGUGGUGGAGUGUCAGAAUGAGGCUGGGCAGACAUGCGGUUUCUUAUGCCACUGCUGCCGCACUCGACCCAAGAAAGGAGGCAUCACUUAUCAUCUAACCAGCACCUCCCACGUCUACAACUACUUGAUGGAAGCUCACCCCGAGAAAGUGAAGUUUGUGAACGCAGCUGAUGAGAGCAGCCGUGGGAUUCUGGAGUCGCUGGCAGAGAAAGUGGAGGAAGACGAGGGAAGAGGAAACCCAAAGGUUGUAACUGCACCAGAAUCCAUCUGUACCCGCAUGGAAAAAAAAAGUUACAACUGGUGUGUGAGGAUGUUGUGUAAAUUAUCAAUCGGAACUAACUACCAGCAACAGGAAGCAGCUGUUGAUGGGCCUUUUCAAGGCGUGCCAUACGUACCUGUACAGGCUGUAGCACCGUCAAACUGGACACCGCAGAUUACAACUGGGAAGAGGAAGAAGAAAUCCAAGAAAGCGACUAAAACCGUGUUUAACGUAAGCCUGCCUUUCACCGACGGCGCACUGCUCCUGGAGAGGAGCCCCUUCAGCAACGAGCGUGUCCCCAUGUGUGCAUACUCGCCUUCGUCCCACCCAGCCGCCAGUCCUUCCCCAGAGUCCCAGACAGAGGGCCCUGAGCUGUUUGUAGGUAAUCACACCGACCACACGUCGGCCUGCGGGGCCGCACAACUUCAGCCAGACGUCUAUAAUAAUGAAGGAGGCGCUUGGCAAUAUGUGGCACCCAAAGAAAACCUCCGAGUGAGUGUUUAUCCAGAUGUGGAGCGUUCCUUUUGGGGUAAUGAAGAGGGUCACGGUGCAGUGGCCCAGAGUAAGACUGGCACCGAAGGGCAAGUAUCAGCUGAGAACCUCUCAGGUGCAGCUUGGCAUCAUUACCAACAGCCCCAGUACUCGGCACCAGGUUACGUGAACCUCACCGUGUGGCAAGCAACGCCGCCCGGCGUGGGGCAUCACGGCUCAUCCGAUGAAAUGGUUCCUUACGUGGAUGCAAGCAGGGUCGCUACGUAUCCCUCCCUGGGAUACUCCCAGCCGCACGCCGCUCCACAGCCUAGAGCACGGUUUCAUGGGGUUGAACAGAGACAAUUGCAACCAUACAUGGAGUUUACUGAACGUGUUCACGCAGCUCCUCACGUUAUGACCCCGGCUGCUCUCUAUCAGGACGGACGAUACGGCUAUGGGUUCACGGCUGACCCCAACUACCAUAUUAGACCUAGGACGAAUGAUAACCAGCCCUUUCCUGAUCCAGCCGGUGGUUUUGCUGUUAGGGCUGUGUACCAGCCAAACGCCCAUGUCCCACCAUGGGCACCUCUGUGCUACACAGCCCAGUCUAUGUGACUCUGAGCCACGGGUUUAUCAGAUGUAAAGAGUUCAGGAGGCGACGCAGGAACGGUUUAGCUCACGCAGUGCAACUCUUAAUUUAAAUGCUCGUAUAUUGUCAGGUGUGCGUUCUACUGAAGGAACCGCGCAUGGGUUCUAAUCAUGCUGUGGUAUUUUCUUUUAUGUUGCUCCAAGGAGAUUGGAUCUGGUUUCUGUCAUAAAUGAAGGAAUCUUGGCCUGAGUGCGUCUAAACUUUCCAAUUUAGUCCCUCCUCCACUCUAAAUUUUGCGUCAACUGGCAGAUUUUUUUUUGUUGAAAUAUAAUUAAGAAAUGAUCAAAUUUGCGUUUUUAUUUGUACAGAUUGUUUUGUUUUGAAAUGUAGCUUUCAAGUGUUUCACGGUCAACAAAGCUUGAGCAACAAGCAGUUGCUGAAAUGUGUUAUUAAGCAAUAAAAUACGUGACAAGCCAGUUCUGGUGUUCACAAAAUUAUAAAUAACCUUUCCUACUUUAUAAUUAUGCAUGCAUUAUACCAAUACCAAAGAUUACCAGACACAGUUAAUAUGUUAAUGCAAAGUGUUUACAGUGUUAUUCAUAAGCAUUUAUUGUAAGUUACAUUUAUUUUAACCAGGUAAUCUCAGAUGUGAUUCUGAGUUAAUUGUUACAUCAUUCUGAGGUUAUUUGAUUGUCUUCAACAUUUAUACGCAUUCUAGUUCACUGUUGAUGUAUAAUCAAACUGAUAUGUUAUGAGAUCAAAUAUAGUUAAUUGUGUUUAGCUGUGGUUCAGAUGUCUUCAAGCAUCUUCCAAUGCUGCUUGAUGUUUUGAGUUUGUUUCUUUAGAAGAGAUUACAAAAUUUCUUUAAUCCAGGUAUUAUAAUACACAAUGAGUCUGUUCUUGUUUCUCUAAUUCCUCUAGCUAUGCAUGGAUGAACCUUUAUCACGUCCCAGAUUAAGUGCCUUAUACUUUUGUGUUUUUAUAUUGACAACCUGUCACCUGUAUGAGUGAACCAUAACUGAUGCCAUUCAGUAGAAGGUCAACUUAUCCAGCUGCAGCCUGAUCAGUAACAGUGACAGGCUAAGCUGCUAAAAAUGGGCUCCUGUGAAUGUACACUUUAUAAUUUGUGUUAAAGUUAUCAGCUGGUGUAACAAUAAACAUAAGUUGAUAUUGCACAUAA